AUGUCAGAUAAGCUGGAAUUUUUAAAAGUCUUUCCAAUUCUCGCUGAAGAAUUUCUUGACAUAGCGCGGGAGUAUAAAUUUCCUGCGGCGUCUGUCGAAUGGAUAAAGAAAAAUAUUUACCACAAUGUUCCUGGAGGAAAAUUGAAUCGUGGUUUAUCUGUCGUUGAUACCUUAAAAAUUAUAAAAAAUAACCAAGUUUCCGACGAGGAACUUUUUAAAGCCCAAGUUCUAGGCUGGUGUGUAGAAUGGCUACAAGCGUUUUUCCUUGUAGCUGAUGAUAUAAUGGAUCAAUCAAUUACACGCCGUGAUAAUCCUUGUUGGUAUCGUAUGGAUGGUGUUGGUAAUAUUGCCAUCAAUGAUUCCUUUAUUCUCGAAUCAGCUAUUUAUUUCUUCUUGAAAAAGCAUUUUCGCGAUGAACCAUAUUAUAUCAAUUUAAUUGAAUUAUUUCACGAGGUCACUUUACAGACAGAAUUUGGCCAAUUGCAGGACCUGCUCACUGCUCCCGAGGAUCAUGUUGAUUUGAACAAUUUUAUGGCAUUGGCUAUGCGAAUGGCUGGUAUUGAAGAAGAAUUAGCAUAUAAGCACGCCAAAGAUAUUCUUAUAGUUUUGGGCGAAUAUUUUCAAGUUCAAGACGAUUAUCUUGAUUGUUAUGGUGACCCCAGUUUUAUUGGGAAAAUAGGUACUGAUAUUGAAGAUAACAAAUGUUCAUGGCUUAUCAAUCAAGCAUUGGAUAGAGCCUCUUCUGAACAACGUAAACUCUUGGAUGAAAACUAUGGCAAGAAAAAUCCCGAAAGUGUCGCGAUUGUCAAAAAAAUCUACCGAGAUCUCGAGCUCGAAGCACUUUUCAAAAAGUACGAACAAGACUCUUAUUCACGUAUUAACGAUCUUAUUUCGCAAUUGGACGAGUCUUUGAUAAACCGUGAAAUUUUCACCACAUUUAUGGGCAAAAUUUACAAGAGAACAAAAUAA